CCUGCUUCCUGCAGCGCGGGCUCAGAUUGCUGGGGGCAUCUCCGGGGGCGGGAAACUCACCACCACCAUCUAGCGUGAGGGCACAGGCGGAGCCAGGGUGGUCGAUGGCGUCUGCGUGGUGGCGCUGCAGGGAAUGCUCGCGGGGCAUCCUGCGUGCCCGCACGUUCGCAAAGCAGCAUCUCCUGUUCUCCCAAGAGGACGUCGCUUGUCCCACAUCGGUGCGCGGUUCUUCGGCAGCGACCUUCGUGGGCCUGUGCCGCAGCAGCCCAAAUCCAUUAUGGGCGAGACGUGGCGAGAUGCCGAGUUGCGGCGUGGCCUACUGGCACGGGCUUCGCGCGGCCUGGUUGAGGACCACGGAGAGCGAGGUCGCGAAACUGCCAGACUCUUUUGACGACGCUGGGCCGUUGCAACUGUCGCGUGGCCGAACGACGCCGGUGCGGGACCUCAGCGAGGGGGAGAUGGAGGAGCUGGAGGACUGCCUGGACGCGGUGCAGCGUCCUUUCCCGAGGCUGAGGCGCAGCACGCCUCUCAUGCAGGCCGUACAAUGUGCAGAAGGCUUAUGGGACAGCGAUGGUUAAACUUGUCGUCAACUUUGCGACUCUCAAAUCUAUGAUUAAUUGUGUGGUGAUCUGGGAGAGUACUUACUCGGUGCACAGCCCCGUGGCCGGGGGCAGACAUAUAGUAUUUCGGACAACGCUGGCGCAUGAUUUUCCAGUGGCAGUCUUUGCGGACUACUUCUGCGCGGCUACCCUGGCAGCCAGAAGUCUCGAGCUUGAUGCCAGGGCGCGUGGCGGGUUUCCACACGCAGUGAGGCCAGCCAGACACGGGAGCUGCCCUUCUCUUUCCCCCUGCCGCCUCAUCCCUCC